AUGUACACUGGCGGAUUCUCUUCAGUUGUGGACUUGUCCAAGUUCUUCUACAACUUUCCAACACACCCAGAAGACCGGCCGUAUCUUGGUCUUCUACACCCAAAAACCGAGGAGCUGUUGACAUACUACGGGCUUGCAAUGGGAGCUGGAAACAGCCCAGCCAUUGCAUGCCGAAUUGGAUUGGCCUUUGUGCGUUUGGUGAAAGAAAAGUUUGAUGUCUUCCAAGGAGAAGCCAAGGCCAACUGCUACUGGACCGGCUUCCAGAACAACGGAUUUGAUCCGAAACUUGGAUACGGAUUCAUUCUUACUUCGGCCGAUGGAGGAGCUGUGCACAUCUGGGUUUGGGUUGAUGACUUCCUUAUCCAUGGACCCUCCCAUGAGAAGACCACUCGAGCUCUGGCAUUCUUCCUUGACACAGCCGUUGACUGUGGUUUCCUUUUCCACCCAAAGAAAUUGGUUCCACCUCAACAAGUGGUCAAAUACUGUGGCUUCCUGUUCGACACUACCGACAUUCCAUGCCUACGAAUCCCGGAAUCCAAAAAGGACCGAGCCCUGGCCAUCUGCGAAUACCUACUCCAGUCACCAACUCACAAGAAGUGGUCACAAUUGAGUCUUGCUGUUGCUGUGGGAGUUCUUGAGUCACUGACCAAAGCAACACCUCGUCGGCUUGGCCACACCCAUCUGAAGGAAUUUCACACACUAGUCCAUCCACCUGGACUUGGGAUCGGCGCGGAGCCUUACUACACAACGACAUGCCUCAAUUCUCAAGUACUUGAUGAACUAAAGUGGUGGAAACAGUUCCUACUACGGAGUGAAGGGAGAUAUGUCAGAGGAUGGGAAGCAGCUACCCUUGUCCCAACCUUUGGUGAUGGUAGCGGCACUGGCACCGGUGGGACCCUCCAACUACCUAACUGUGACUUUGAAAUGUGGCGCGGGAAGUGGAAACCGGCAGUCUUCAUUUUUGCACUGAAAGAGACCCUUCUUCGGAUCAAAGAGAGCCCCCAAGCCCACCUCGUCAUUGGCACGACCGUCUUCUACUUCACUGACAACUCUGGAGUAUAUUGGAUUGCUACUACUGGUUCCUCCAAGCGGCGAGAUCUUCACCAGUUGCUCAGCGAGAUCAGACUGCUGGAACUUGAUCUUCAAUGUGUCCUCCAGGUGAUACACGUCCCAGGCCAAGUUUUGAUCACGCAAGGCACUGAUGGACUUAGUCGAGGAGUUUGGAUGUCAACUCUACAAGACAUCAUGGACUCAGAUCGACUGACACAAGCAAUCUUCGAUCCCAUGCCACUGGACUGGACUUUGGUUUGGCAACACCUGCCUCAUCUGGCACAUAUGGCCCAAUACCGUUCCUGGAACCAACAAUGGACAGCGGACCUCUGUUUGCACCAAACAACAGUAUGGUGCCCGCCACCUGAACUGGCCCGGCAACUCCUGACCUUCUUGCUCAACUCUUGGGUCGAAUGUCCAUUCACUACUUCAGCAAUCCUCUUUGUGCCUCGAGUAGUUGAAGCUUCCUGGCGCCACAUGUCCCGCUACAUCGAAGAGAUCGGUACCAUCUACCCCCACCAAACACAGCUACGCUUUCCACCUCUCCUUCCUAUUCCAAUUGUUGUUCUACACAUGGCACCUCACACACUCUCGCUGACUCCAUCAAGGUUGGACAAAACUCCCACUACCGCCCCCUCUUGGCAUGCAGCCCAAGCCACACUUAUGCGCCGGCUGCGUGACGAGAUUCACCAAGAAAGCCAUUGA